AACAUCCGCUAGCUAUUGUAUUUAUUGUCAAAAGCACUCUCAUUAAUAAUCAAGAUGAAUUUCUCGCCGAUCCGAUGUGUCUUGUAUUUUUCGUCUCAGAAAGGUUGAUUCACUAAAAUUCGUCAUUUGUAAAUAUUGUAACUUAACCUCUAGUUGUUCGUCAUCGCGAUUUCACGAGAGGAUGGGUGCGUACAAGUAUAUGCAAGAGCUUUAUCGCAAGAAGCAGAGCGAUGUGCUCCGCUUCUUGCUUCGUGUCAGAUGCUGGCAGUACCGUCAGCUCACCAAGCUCCACAAAGCGCCCAGGCCUUCUCGUCCUGACAAAGCACGCCGCUUAGGAUACAAAGCCAAACAAGGCUUUGUUAUUUACAGAAUUCGCGUACGUCGUGGUGGUCGCAAACGUCCAGUUCCUAAGGGAGCCACUUUUGGAAAGCCCAAGUCACAUGGAGUCAACCAGCUGAAGCCUACAAGAAAACUUCAGUCAGUUGCGGAGGAGCGCGUUGGACGUCGUUGCGGUGGACUCCGUGUCCUCAACUCAUACUGGGUUGCCCAAGACUCGUCAUAUAAAUAUUACGAGGUCAUUCUCGUAGAUCCAGCUCACAAGGCUAUCCGAAGAGAUGCUAAAAUUAAUUGGAUCUGCCAAUCAGUUCAAAAGCACCGUGAGAUGCGUGGAAAGACAUCAGCAGGCAAGAGCUCACGUGGCCUUGGAAAAGGACAUCGGUUUUCACAAACUAUUGGAGGAUCCCGCAAAGCAGCAUGGCUGCGCAGGAACUCUUUAUCGCUUCGCAGAAAACGAUAAAACAUCUCGUAGUCUGUGGAGUCUAUUGUAUCAUUUUUCAAAUAAACUCAUUUUACUUCAAAUAUAUGUAAUUUUAUUUUUUAUUAAAUUAUUUACAAAAAACCA